AUGGAAAGCCACCUUACGCUGUCAGAAGGCACAGAAGAGGAUGAAGAAAACCCAAUGAAAAAUCCAUUUAAAGUCCCACCAGAUGCUGAAUUUUUCUCAAUGAGGGACAAGGACAUUAAGAAGGCAGAAGUGGAACGUGAAAAGAGGAAGACUAUGAAAGUCCAUGAGAAAACUACUUAUUCCACAAAAAUGAAGGCAAAAAGCAGUUUGAGAAAAACUUUGAAAAGGGAGGAAGAAGAGGAAGGCAGAAAAGAGGCGACAUGUGAAGAGAGACUGAAAGUUCUUCAGGAGCUGCUCUCACGGAAGUUAGGCAUGAAAAAAGAUUAUGCAUUAGACAGGGAGACCUUCCAUGGCUACCUACAGGACAGAAAACAGAUCUUUUUUCUUGAGCAUGCCAUUGCAGUAAAGCGAGGGGAGAUUGAAAAGAUGGAGAACAUAGCAAAGAAUGAGGAAAAAAAACUGGAAAAGGCUGAGAGAAGAAUGGAGAAGGAUGCUGCCAUGUUUGAUGAGUUCCUGAAGGAGAACCAUAAUAGCUCUGUGGAAGCGCUGAGAAUAGCCAAAAGAGAAACCUCAGCAAAGACAAAGAAAAUAACAGAGAUCCAGAGAAUCACUACUGAAAUAAAGAAAAUACAAAGUGAUAUCUCCAGAUUCAAGGACACUCUGCAGGAUUACAAGAUGUACCGGGACAUCCUCUACCAGCUAUCUCCAAAAGAGUGGCAGGAGGAACACAGAAAAAAGCACAAAAAAGAAAAGGAUAUGAAAACAGAAUCCAAAAUUAAAGGAAGUGCUUCACCUGCCCCCACUGCAGAGCAGGACCAGGAUCAGACAGCCAGGACAAACACUGCCCAUAGCACCAGUUUUAUGGAUAUGCCAAGUUCCCUGCUGUUCUCAGAAAGUUUGGAUUUCAGGUCACGUGAUGUCAGGCCACAGCUUAAACACUUCCUGAAGCCUCUUUUAUCAAGAGACCUAAGUUCAUUGGAGGAUGCAGAGAGUGAAAGCAGCUCGGAUGAAGAUGAGGAGCCUGAGCUCUACUUUACUGAUCCUGAACAACUGCUGGUUACUUUCAUGGAGAUGCUGGAUGAGAACUUAUCCUUCAUGCUGAACUCCCAGGAUAUUGCAGAGAGUUGGAACAAGGUCCAACAGACUUUCAUCACCACACGUGAAAACAUGGAGAAGGAGUUGGCAGAGCUGAAAGAGCAGGUGAACACCCUCCAAGCCUCCGUUGACAAGGAAGAAGAGAAAGCAGCCGACCUGAAGCUCAAAGUUCAGCACUUUUCCUCUGGAGAACACGAAGCUGACUACCAGGACAAAAUGCUCACAAGCCUGAACAAGAAGGUGCUGGAAGUCUAUGUCCACUGCACUGGAGACAAUGAGACAAACCUGCCAACAGUAGAGAUGUUAAAGGUAAUAGAAAAACAGCUCAACGAUUUACUGGACAGUGUGGAGAGAAUCCCACCAGCAAGGAUAGAAAAGGCUGUGAAAGCCAUAAGAAAGGAACAGAGGGCAAGGCUGAGAGAGGAAAAGCAGAAACAAGCAAAGCAGCAGCAGGAUGAAGGAUUGAAAAGGGACAUGGAAAGAUCACAAGAAGAAAAAAAGAACUUCAAGACCAUGGCCUUGCCUUCCAACCCAACUGCCAGGAAGGAGAACAGCCAAGGAAAAAGAUAA